AAAAAGUCAGCUGUUUUGGAGCAUGCAUUGCGAGUUCUUUUCGUUUAUUAAGUAGAUCCGGAGGGCGGCCAAAAAUAAACAACGUUCCAAAUCAAUUAAAAAGUUGUUUGAAGAUGACUAUUUUAACGCGAAUUAUAGCUUCAAAUUUGCCUCAACGCAUUGGUGCACUUAAAACACUUCAGCAAAGUGGCUACUGCACGCAUAUUAAAUUCGCUGAACAUAAGCCAAUAGAGAAAAUACGGAAUAUUGGUAUUUCGGCACAUAUUGACAGCGGGAAAACUACGCUCACCGAACGCAUUCUCUUCUACACCGGCCGUAUUGCUCAAAUGCAUGAAGUACGCGGCAAGGACAAUGUUGGUGCUACUAUGGAUUCAAUGGAAUUGGAGCGUCAGCGCGGUAUAACUAUACAAUCUGCAGCCACUUAUACGAUUUGGAAGGAUACCAAUAUUAAUAUCAUUGACACACCCGGUCACGUGGAUUUCACAGUGGAAGUAGAACGUGCAUUACGUGUUUUAGAUGGCGCUGUGCUUGUACUCUGCGCCGUGGGUGGUGUACAAAGUCAAACAUUAACUGUAAACAGGCAAAUGAAACGUUAUAAUGUGCCUUGCUUGGCUUUCAUCAAUAAGCUGGAUCGCACAGGUGCAAACCCUUAUCGUGUGCUGUCGCAUAUGCGGUCAAAGAUGAAUCACAAUGCAGCUUUCAUACAAUUGCCAAUUGGCGUGGAGAGUGAUUGCAGGGGUAUUGUGGAUUUGGUGACUGAGAAGGCCAUUUAUUUCGAAGGCACACAUGGCAUGGAACUACGUUAUGAUGAGAUACCUCAGGACAUGCGCGCAGAGUCGGUCGAACGCCGCCAGGAGCUAAUUGAACAUCUUUCAAACGUAGACGAAACACUGGGCGAACUGUUCCUUGAGGAAAAGACACCAACGGAGGAUGAUAUAAAGAACGCCAUACGCCGUACUUGCAUCAAGCGCACGUUUACCCCUGUCAUGGUGGGCACUGCACUGAAAAAUAAAGGUGUCCAACCCUUAUUGGAUGCUGUUAUCGAGUACAUGCCUAAUCCAGGCCAGGUAGAGAAUGUCGCUUUCAUUGAAAAGGAAGGACAAGAGCCUGAGAAAAUUGUACUUAAUCCUGCACGCGAUGGUAAAGCUCCAUUUAUCAGUCUGGCAUUCAAGUUAGAAGCUGGGCGCUUUGGACAGCUCACCUAUUUGCGUUGCUAUCAGGGUAUGUUGCAAAAGGGUGACAACAUCUUCAAUGCGCGUACAAAUAAGAAGGUGCGUGUUGCGCGUCUCGUGCGUUUGCACUCGAAUAAUAUGGAGGAUGUUAAUGAAGUUUACGCUGGAGAUAUUUUUGCACUCUUUGGUGUUGAUUGCGCUUCAGGAGAUACCUUCACCACAGAUCCAAAAGGAAAUAUUUCAAUGGAGUCUAUUUUCGUACCAGAACCAGUUGUGUCCAUGGCAAUUAAGCCCAAUAAUGCUAAGGACAGGGAUAAUUUCGCAAAGGCUGUGGCGCGUUUCACUAAAGAAGACCCCACCUUCCAUUUCUUCUAUGAUGCUGACGUGAAAGAAACGCUCGUUUCUGGAAUGGGUGAAUUACAUUUGGAAAUAUAUGCUCAACGUAUGGAGCGUGAAUAUGGCUGCCCCGUCACAUUGGGUAAACCCAAGGUUGCUUUCCGUGAAACACUCGUUAGUCCUUGUGAAUUUGACUACCUGCACAAGAAACAGUCAGGCGGUUCGGGUCAGUAUGCGCGCAUUAUUGGUGUCCUGGAGCCACUGCCACCAGAUCAAAACACCCUGAUUGAGUUUGUUGAUGAUACUAUGGGUACAAAUGUGCCCAAACAAUUUGUGCCCGGUGUGGAGAAGGGCUUCCGAGAUAUGGCUGAACGCGGCAUGCUCUCUGGACACCGACUAUCUGGUGUACGUUUCCGCCUGAUCGAUGGUGGUCAUCACAUUGUGGAUUCCAGUGAAUUGGCUUUCAUGUUGGCAGCGCAUGGUGCAGUGAAAGAAGUGUUCCAAAUGGGUUCUUGGCAAAUUUUAGAACCUAUAAUGAUGGUGGAGGUUACCGCGCCAGAGGAAUUCCAAGGUGCAGUUAUGGGACAGUUGAGUAAACGUCAUGGCAUUAUUACGGGCACCGAUGGUGCAGAGGGUUGGUUCACUGUGUACGCAGAAGUGCCAUUGAACGAUAUGUUCGGCUAUGCUGGAGAAUUGCGUUCAAGCACUCAAGGCAAAGGUGAGUUUACAAUGGAAUAUUCACGUUACUCCCCUUGUCUGCCAGAUGUGCAGGAACAAUUGGUGCGUCAAUAUCAGGAAUCGCAAGGAUUGGGACAGGAGAAGAAGAAAAAGAAAAAUUGAGGAGGAGUAGCCAUAAUCGACAUUCAAUACUAAUUUUUUAAGGACUACAUACGAGUACUACAUAUUUUUUUCGAAAUGUAAGAAUGGUAGAUAAUAUUUGAAGCAAAGUUGGCGAUCAUUGUCUAUUUGCUGUUUUAGUUAACUAUUUAAUAUAAAAAAUUCAAUUUUUUUUAUACAACUGUGAUACAGGUAAUAAAAAGUGACAACAAUAAGCCACAGAUAUGAGGCUGAAGACCACUAAAAAGGCUAUUGUUUAAAAUUACUUCAAUUAUUUCACAAAUACAGGACUACCAGUUCGAUUAUGGAAAUCCAAUAAUGGAUAGUUGGUACUAACCAAAAACAACCGGAUACUUUGCGUUAAUCUUGGCAGCACCAAGAGAAAUGCCUGGUUUAAACGGUGAUCACAUGAGGCGAUUUUCCAGGCAAUUUUGGAGGCGAUUAGUUGAAUCAAAAGUUGGUUGCCCCCAAACUUCAUUGGAAGUGAUUAGCUGAAAGGUCGUUCACCCCAGGCGAUUGUUGCUGUCAACUAAAAGUUGCCUGUAAAAUCUCCUUUCAGACACUUUCGUUUUCAGUUUUCAUUAUUUUAAUUUGUUAACUGUGGUAAAUAAACGAACAACGUAAUGUUUAACGUAAAGUAAAAA